AUUCACACGGCCAUUGAAAAUGACAGUUUCAUCAAUUUUAAAUAAGCUAAACAUUGGUCACCUAUCUGUUUUUGAUAUAGAUAUUUUAUUCAUUGCUGAAAAAAUAUGCAAUUCCAAGAAUUAUGAUCUACAACUGAGUAGCCCUAUCGAUCUUGUGACGUAUUGUGUUUGUGUCAAGCGGCCUGCUAACGAAAUCGACCAGCAGGAGGAAGAGGAGGUCAGAGGGAGAAUGAUCGGCGUAUUUCACGGGAAAAGUGGAAAGCUUUAGGCUAACAACCAGGGAAGUACUAUGUCAUUAUAUUGUUGUGCCUUACGAUGUCCGAGAUAUGAGUUUAAACAACAAUAUUGAAAUGAACCCGACGAGUUAUAGGUACCUGGUGGUCGAUUUCAUAAAUUACCGGCUGAGCCGACAUGGUUAUACGUGGGAUAACUGUCCACCUUUGGAAGCUCGAACAAAUAAUGUUCACAGAACUUUACGAGCUCUUGGUGAUGAAUUUGAAGAGCGGUUUAGGACUCAAUUUGACGACAUGGUGAACCAGUUACAUAUUACGCCGAAUACAGCGUAUCCGACCUUCCAUCAGGUGGUUCAAGAGCUGUUUAUUGAUGGUGUAAAUUGGGGUCGAAUCGUAGCUUUAUUCGGAUUCGGAGGUGCAAUAGCUGUAGACUGCGUUAAUAAAGGAAUGCCACAUUUAGUUGAUUCUAUCGUGGAAUGGGUAUCAACAUAUGUAGAAAAUAAUCUGGACCAAUGGGUUACUACGAGUGGAGGAUGGGAUGGUUUCGUGGAAUUCUAUGAGAAUGGAAACGCACGACGAAGGGAAAGCCCAUGGGACAACAUAUCUGGUGUCAUUAAGUAUGGCAUGCUGGGGGCAAUCGGCGCUGUGGCCCUCGGGGCAAUUCUUACACAGAGGACGUGAGAAACAAACUGGCCGGACCAGUUUCCAUAGCAACAUUUAAAAGUGAAAAUAAUGUGUAUAAGAAAAAAGCAGCACGGAAAAUUUCGUGUGAAAUGAAGUGACAAUUAUUUACCAGUAAAUGGUAUUAGCUAAUUCUUAUGGAUACACGUUGUCAUGGUUAUAAGUGUCAGUGCUCAUGUGACGCGUACAUCAAGUGCCGAUGGCUGCGUUACAAUGCUACACGGAAUGCCAUUGGUUGAACUUUCCGUUUUGUCUACCGUUGAAUGAUUUGAUUGGUUGAUAAAGGAUGUUAACCUUUGAACUGAAUUAUUGGCAGCAAAUAAUUUUGAUGUUACUAUCAAAAUGGAUGUAUGGAUUAUUUUUAAUGUUUUAUGUAUUUAGGAAAAGUAAAAUAUGAAUGUUGAAAUACAGAUUAUAUAUAACGGCAUCGGUGACUACCCUCAGCGAUGUGAACGUCUGCGAGGAAAAGAAAAUUCCACUGUCUUCUGCUUCGCGGAAUGGAUGAAGAUACAAGGAACCUCUAGCUAUGUUUUAUUAUUUCGAAGUACCAAAACAUGUUAAAGCAAUGAAAACAAUAUUCAACAUUACCCAAGAGAUUAUGACAUAAUGAAAGUAUUGAAAGAAUAAAAUGAAAAAAAGAUAUUUAUUUAUUUUUGGUUUUGCAGAACAGAGUGAUCGUUGUUGUGAGUUUCUUCAUCGCGAUUGGUUCAAGCGGCAGUUGCCAUUCUCAAAAGGUGAUUGUAUCUUACGUAGUUGUAAUCUAUAGAUCAUAUUUCAAUAGAUAAACAACUAAUAUUUGUGUAAAAAAUCUGUGGAUAAAUGGCUAAAUAUUCUCAAUUCAGGUUGCCUUUUUGACCAAAGUUAAAAUCUGUCUGUUAUUUCAUGUUAGUACACACCUUUCAAUGUCAUUUUGCAUGAGUUUGUUUACUUGUUUUAGUUUGACUUUCAAUACCUCCCAUAUAUAUUGUUUUCAUUACUUUCAGCAUAUGUGUUUCAGUUUUGUGUUUUGAUCAGCUGCUGCAAAACAGUUGAUACCGAGGUUGUUUAAUUUGUUGACACAAAAACGUGUGCAAGUGUGUGUAUUUGUGCAUGGGAGUGCGAGUGUGUGCGGAAAUGAUGUCUUGAAUUGUUCGAAUGUAACAGUUUAAGCCUGUAGAUUGUUAUAUAUAGAAGUCAAUUGUAACUGUCACUUUCAUUAACGUUAUUUUUAACUAUGGAAUCCACUAAACAAAUGAAUCGUGUUCACAAUUUCAUUGUCUUUCUUAGCUUUUUGAAAUGUACAUGUAUCAAUGAAGUUAUGUGUACUUCCGCAACUUUUUGUGUACGUGUCCAUUAAUUUGGUCUCUAGGCAUUUAAAGUUCUGUUAUAAAUUUUCAGUAUAUUCCAACAUAAACGUGUUAACGUUUGAAAUACCAAGAACAAAAUCUAAAACAAAAUCGAUGAGGCAGCCUUAGUUUGGAUGACUACAGCGAUGCCGUAUAUACCUGUGGAUCUAUUUAUGUUUAGGUAUAGUGAAUUCCAAAGUUCAUCAACUUCUGGCAAAAUAUAGAUUUAUAUAAAGCGUAACUUUGUACUGAAAUAUUCUAUUUAUUAUUAAAUCUUUUCAAAUAAUUAGGGUACAAAAUGUAUGUAAAAUGUGCUGAUAAAUGAUUUUUAACGAUUUUUACACACUUAGUAGUAAAGUCGUUGAUUGUUGUGUCGUUUCUUCUAAACGUGUUUGAUCAAGACGAAUUAUUGUCAAAGGAUUGUAAAAAGCACACCUGUACAACUAUAUAAAACGUACGACGUACUUAGAUUCUUCUGUGACCCUUUUUUUGGUUCUUACUCUGGGAUCUGCUUGUUGUGUAUUAUGUAUGUGCGAGCUUUCUUUGUGAGUUAACGUUAAUAACGAAGGGACCAGUGGUUGAAGGAAUAUAGUCUAAUUCUUGUUAGCAGGCCUAGGUCAUAUUUAAUCUACAGAGAUAUCGUCUUUUCAUGAUUCAGAGUUGUCUGCUCUUGUGAGAAGGUAGUGAUUGUUACGUCAUUAGUUUCCGUGAGAAAAUUACGUCAUUUAUUCACAAAUUCUGACGUAACAAUCGAUUCCUGCGCAUACUCAUAAGAGCAGAUAACGCUGCAUUACAAACAGACGGAAUACAUUGUUGAUGAUGGCGUAUAUCUAGAUAUUAUUUAAUUUUCAGAAAUGAAGAGCUUGAUUGAUAAAUAUGUUUAGUACAUAUAUACAGCGGCGGUAAAUGUUUGGGAGAAGUUGCAUUUUGUCAUCAGUUUUAAAGAAUUCAAAUUAUUUAUGAACAACAUCAUUAAGAAUCUUUUCCUCUUAAUGAUGACGCUCCAGAUAUACAUCAAAGUGAUUUAUGCUGUCGAUACAUGUGUACAAAUUGACGUGAAAGUGAUAUUUGGAUUAUUGAGGUAAAUGCAUAUAACGUGUCAUCGUUAAUUAUGAGUCAGUAACAUAGAUAUCUAGAAAUACUCAGUAUACUAGCACGUGUGCCCUCUCUGAUCUAUCGGUAAUGAGCCCUGCGUGUAUAUGUAAGAGGAGAAAAUUGGCAGGAAUCUGGUAUGUCCUAUCUGGCAAGCAUGUAUCACUUAAACUUCCCACAGCGCAGUGGCUUCAUUACAUCAUUUCGGGCAAGGAAAUAUUCCGAAGGAAUUUUGUACGGUAAUAAUGUACUUUUGAGUACCGCUCAUUGUAAAUACUUGAGCUACAGCUCAUGUUUAUUUACACUUGUUCCAUUCGGUGUUGGUGAGGCAAAAUAUGAAAAUCUGAAAUAAUAUUUAUAAAGUUAAGUAUAGAAUUGUUUUAUUAGCUUUAUCUUUAUUUAGAUUUAUGAAGCGACCUUUAGGCUUGUCUAAUUAAAAUCAGCAUUUUGGUUUUCCUAAAUUUAAAUGAUACGAUUAUUGUAAGGUAAUCAGCUACAUUAUGGUAUUGUUUAACGUUUUCACUGAUAUAAAGAUAAACAAACAUGUUUCUGAAACUUCAUUCUUUGACGUCACCAUAUAAGAUCUUCACGAAGUCGUAGCAAUGAGAUUUGUUGUGACUGACACACACAUGCAACCAUUUCAUUUCAUGAUCCUAUCUGUCCUGUAAUAAAUCAACACGUUCAUUGUAAGGAAUUGAAUUAAGUCAAAUAUUAAAAGUUAACAGUUAUCAUGAUACCAGUUUCAAUUCCGGAACGUAUGCAACAACAAUCCAAUUUUGUUUUCGGAACAUUUAUGAAAUAAAUGGAGUGUUCGUUCAGUCUUUUCUCUUCUGACGAGUUUGCAAGAUCAAGUUAAUAUCUUGAUGGUUUUUAAGUGCUGUCUAUAGCGGCUAACUUUAUAUAUUAUGCUAUUUAAAGCUUCUUUUUUUGGCACAGCUUUGAAAACUUGACAUAUGUUUAAUUAAUAUGUGAGUUUUGGCGUGAAAAAUACCUAUUACCCUUUUUAGGGUCAAUUUCAUUAUUGAAAUAAUAUAUAGAUUAAGAUUUAUAUAGGCGUAAAUCAUACGUUAUUUUGUAGUGUUUGGAUUUAGAAGGUAAAGAAGGAGGAAAAGAACACUGAAAUGUUUGCUGGCGAUUGGAAACCAAGUUGGAUAAUAAUUUUGUUGUAAUUUAGCAGAACUCGCUUUGCUGAAACUUGUAUUUAGUAAAAUUGAAACAUAGUCGUCUGAUUCAUAGAGUAUAGAUGUUUUGAGUUUUCUUUUGAUUUCUUUGCCAUUAAAUAUUAUUGUCAUUAUAUUUCAUAUUGUCGGUUACUUUAUCCAAAAUUGUUACUUGAAAAUCCGAGUUUUUGUAUAUAAUUUGAAUUAUUUAUUUUCUCUUAAUCAUUCGAUUGAUAGUCAUCCAUGAAGGUUGAAAUAAUCACUUGUAUUGUAAAUGGGACCAGUUUUGGUAAAUGAGACCUUUUGCUAAUCAUUCAAUAUAACUGAGAGGAGAGAUUGCAUAUAUAUAUGUGUACACGUACAUUUUAGUUGGUCACAUGACCUCCCACUGUCCUCUUCGAGUUCUGUCAAAUCUGAAAAUGAAAUAUGACUUUUAGAUAACUAUUGAUAACCCGAAGCGGCUAUUAUGUAUUUUAUUGUCAGUUUCAAUAAUAAAGGUAUUGUUAUUUCAUUUUUUACUCAUUCUUCUUGCUGCGUAUGGACUUUUAGAAAUAUACACCUCUCUGAAUUUAUGUAACUGAAUUAAUACAUUAUUGUUGUCUGCAUAAAGCUACAUGUCUGUUGAAAUUGGUAUUUCUAUUCAUUCUCCACAAUGAUUUAAGUCUAAAAGUUAACUUGAUAUAUUUCAGUACAUAUUAUUUUUGUGCAAUUAUUCCAUUGUUGGAGUAUAAAAUUUUACAUUGUGUACGGCAUAUUGAUACAUUGUACUGAUGCCACUACAAGUCUAUUGUACACUAAGAUUGUAGAUUGCCCACACGUCAAGACAUAUUGUGUGCUUUUAUUGAAUUUGCUUAAUUAUUCGAAAACUUAAUAAUCUUUGAAAUAAAGUGUGAACUCAAGCGAAUUCAUUUACGCACAAGUACUGUUCGUAAUGAAAGUAAAUACGUGGUACUUGGGGAAUUAUUGACAAUGCUAGUAUAUCUGGUUCUUGAUGAAAUUUUUAUUUCACAAGUGUCUAAGUUUUAUAAGUGGUGGAUGAGAAAAGUAAGCUUUCAUUUGUUUUGGGUAUCAUGUUAAUACAAAAAUCCAAUUUAUGAAAUCGAAUAGUUCUGAACAUAUUCUUUAGAAGAUACGUUACGUUCAAUAUGUUUUUUGACCGGAUUAGAUAAACGGAAGAUUUAGCUUCUGACCUAUAUACAAUGUAAUACUACAUCCGUGUCCAUGGUCUACAGUGUAAUACUACAUCCGUAUCUACGGUGCACAGUGUAAUACUACAUCCGUAUCUACGGUGUACAAUGUAAUACUACAUCCGUAUCUACGGUGUACAGUGUAUUAUUACAUCCGUAUCUACGGUGUACAGUGUAAUACUGCAUCCGUGUCCAUGGUCUACAAUGUAAUACUACAUCCGUGUCCAUGGUCAACAAUGUAAUACUACAUCCGUGUCCAUGGUCUACAAUGUAAUACUACAUCCGUGUCCAUGGUCAACAAUGUAAUACUUCACCCGUAUCUACUCUGUACACUUAUUCUACAUCCGUAUCUACAGUGCACAGUGUAAUACUACAUCCGUAUUUACGGUGCACAGUGUAAUACUACAUCCGUAUUUACGGUGUACAGUGUAAUACUACAUCCGUAUUUACGGUGUACGGUGUAAUACUACAUCCGUAUUUACGGUGUAUAAUGUAAUACUACAUCCGUAUCUACGAUGUACAGUGUAAUACUAGUACUACAUCCCUGUUUAAGGUCUCCUUAACCAAACUGAUCCUUGUAUUUGUUGACUCGUGUUAGGAUUGUAUAUUGUCAGUUGAUAGUGUUUUAAGGGUGCUAUAUUGUUUAUCCGUCAUUGACUCCUGAGUUCAUGCGUUCGCUUUGUUGUGAUUCGCUAUAUCUAUAUAAGGAGCUAUCUCCGCCUCUUGUUGUUGAAUCUGUCUUAUUGUCUGUAUACUACGUCUCGCAUAUUGAGUUUCAAGGAUAUAAUCAUUUUUUCUGACUCUUGUUUCAGAUACAUAUUUCUUAAAACUGUAAAGAAUGUUUUUAUUUGUGAUUCCAAUUUUUGCGGUUUUACUAAAAAUAAUUUGUGGAAUUCAUGAAACCGAUCGCAAAAUUUCUUCGUUUUUUUUUUUUUUUUUUUAACGUAUCGGUUUUUUCUCGAUUCUGUUUUCUAAUAACAGAACCAUUUGAAAAUGACAACUGUUUCUGUACAAACUUACUUGAUAGAAACGCUGUGCGUAUACAUUAUUUCUUAUUUUAUAGAAAUAGAUGGAAUAUUUAAUGAGAUGUGUUUCAUAUAUUAAUAAGGUAAUGAUUCUGGGUUGUGUUUUCAUUCUUAAUCUCAUGAAAUCAUUUAAGUGCAAAGGAACACUGGAAACCGUUAUAUUUUCUUUUUAAAAUAGAAGUACGUGUAUGUGGAUGGUGAAAUCUAAAUUGGAAGAAAGACAUACCUGAUAUUUACAUGUAUAUAUAGUAUGGGAUAAAUAUUGGUCAUCAAAACUCAAAUAGUUAAAUAUUCAUUACAAAAUACAGUUGUUGAAUAUACCAUUCUUUUGUUACUUUGCGCGAUGAUAUUGUAUAUGAAUAAAUGAACUAAAUUCUGUAAAA